AAAAAAAAAAAAAAAAAACCUACGGCGCCUCCCUUUCAGGUAACUUUUUCCAUUUUGAGACUUGUGAGUAUCAACAGAGCUUCUCAGCAGGAAAUCUCACACCCAUUCUAACAUCAUGGAGUCAGCUGAAGCCGUGGCAGCUGAUGUAGACAGGAAGAGAAGUGUCGUCAUUGAAAUCUCAAAUUUCACAAAGAACUACUGUCUCAUCAACCCAAGGGUGUACCUUGAGAAUGGAGAGACAUACAACCCACCUCAGCCCACAGUGCGCCCUCUAAAGGCAGAGGUCUGCACUUUCUCCAAGUCCAGGGGUGGAGCGACUGGCAGCAUUGGCGUGAUGACCUAUGACCUUUUUGAAAGGUCACAGAAUGACUACAUUGAGUCUGUGGCGAUCAUGUUCUCAGUUCCCUGGGACUACAACCUCUACAAGAACUGGUUUGCAGUGGGCAUCUACAAAAAGGGCCGCAAUUGUGACAAGGAUUUGUACAAAGAAAUGUACUAUGAGAAGAAGCAGACAGAGCAUGGGUUUGUCAGGGAGGAAGCCACUGGAUCAGGAAUCAAUUAUGUGGGCAACUAUCUAGAUAUCAAGGCCACCAUGAGUCCCCUGGAGAACGCAAUCAUGAAGGUGGAGGUGUGGGAUAAGCUUUUCACACCCAUGGGCCAGCAGUCAUACUAGACUCCGCGCCUAACUGGUAUUUUUGUCAUAAGUCCCAGCAGCAGAAUUCAUACCUCCACCUCAAGCAUUUACCUGUCAGACUGUUUCAAAUACAGUCAACACACAUGAUUCAACAGAUGUAUUGUUGCUGACAUGUGCCUGUAUACCUGGGUAUUACCCUUUGCUAAAUCUCCUUAAGAUCAGAGUUUAGUUUGUUUAUAAAUCCAGGCGGCAAAACCCCCCUUUAAAGCCGAAGCCUCUGUCUGUUUCUAUAGCAUCUGGUUUUAAAAUGGCAUCUUUAGAAAUGAAAAUCAAAGGAUGACUCACUGGAGGACGAGGGCACAUAGCUUAAUAAAACACACUGAGCACUUGUCUGUAUUUACCUUGACACUGUAGUCUGAGGAAUAAAAUAAACCCUUUUGCUGGAGCUA